UAAUAUUACACAACCAGAAAUUCAUUUGUACUUUGAGCUGACUAGAUGCUGAAAAGUGAAUGUUGGAAUCUCUGCUACCAGGAAUAGAAGGAUUUGGAUGUCAUUUCCUCUCAAUAUGGAAGGUCUUGCAUGGAAAAGCAGGUUGCAGGUUGCAUACACUCUUGGCAUCAUCAUCACCCUGUCUUGUCCAAUUAUACAGGGUGCUAAUAUAUUGGUUGUUCCUGUUGAUGGAAGCCACUGGGUCAAUAUGAGAAUUCUAACAGAAGAACUGAAACUUCAUGGGCACAUCACAGUCUUUUAUUUCUCAAAAUCUUGUUACAUCAAAGAGCAGCCUGAUCUAUAUCAAUCCGUUGUGGUUGAAAUUCCAGGAUUUGUUGGGAACAAUGCAAGUGGAGAUGUUAUGCAAAGUUUGAUACAAAAGGCACUAGAAGCCUUACAGAAUGGUUGGUUUUCAUGGGUUAAGUUCCAUUCUGAAAUGAUGUAUUUUAUGCAAUCUUGUCAUACUUGGGUUCGAAACUUUAAUAUUGCAAUUUAUGAAAACAAAAAAUUGUUAAAACAACUUGAAAAUGCCCACUUUGACUUAGUAUUUACUGAUCCUGUUUUUCCAACAGGUGCAAUACUUGCUCAUCACUUAAAACUCCCCUCGGUGUUUAAUAUUCGGUGGCUCAUCACUGGAGACCCUCAGUUUCUCCUUGCCCCUUCACCUUCUUCCUAUAUCCCAAUCCCCAGCUUACAAUUGGCAGAUAAAAUGAGUUUUCUCCAAAGGACACAAAAUGUCAUCCUAAAUAUUUUUCAAAUGUACAUUUUAAAAUUUUUCAUUCAGUCCAUUUACAAUGAAAUCUGCCAUCGAUAUCUGGGCCCAGACACAGACAUCGAGACAAUUCUCCUAGGAGCAGAUGUGUGGCUGAUAAGAGCAGAUUUUAUAUUUGAAUUUCCGAGACCCACCAUGCCAAACAUUGUUUACAUUGGUGGAUUCCAGUGUAAACCGUCCAAACCUCUAGCAGCAGAGUUUGAAGAGUUGAUCCAAUCCUCAGGGGAACAUGGGAUUAUUGUGAUGUCUUUGGGGACCAUUGUCAGCUCUUUGCCAAUGCACAUUACAAUGAAAAUCGCAGAGCCCUUUGCUCAAAUACCUCAGAAAGUUAUCUGGAAACACAAUGGAAAGAUCCCUCCCAACAUAGGAAAUAAUACACUACUGACAAAAUGGAUCCCUCAGAAUGACCUUCUAGGGCACCCCAAGACACGAGCUUUCAUUGCCCAUGGUGGCACCAAUGGAGUUUAUGAAGCCAUCUACCAUGGGGUGCCAGUAGUUGGAAUGCCUCUUCUUUUUGACCAGUUUGACAAUCUAUUCAAACUUGAAAUCUGAGGUGCUGCAAAGGUGAUAUACGUCUCAACCAUGCAGUCAACAGAUCUAUUGCAGGCACUUAACGAGGUCAUAAACAACACUUCUUAUCGGGAUAAUAUGCAGAAACUCUCUGCUCUCCACAGGGACCAACCAGAGUCUCCAAUGGAGAGAGCCAUUUUCUGGAUUGAGUAUGUUGUGCGACACAAAGGUGCAGCACAUUUGCGCUCAGAAUUUUACCAACUCCCCUGGUAUGCUUACUAUUGUGUUGAUGUGAUUUUCUUCCUGUUAUCUGUGUUACUCAUGUUAACAAUACUGACAGUUCUAAUGUUAAAGAAACUUUUUCAAAUUACCUGGAAGAAAAAGCAAAAAAUUCAGUAAGUGUUUUGCUGGCAAAGGGGCUUUGAAUUCUUUCACUUUAACAAUAGACACUUCUAAUUCAGUAUCUAUUGCAUUCCUUUCUGGAUAUCAUAAAUUAGGCAUUUGGUGAAGUAUCACUGGAGUUGUAUGUCCGUCAAUCGUAGUCCUUGUGAGCAAAAAAGGAGUGGGAAAUGCUGUACUUACAUUGAAUUUAAUGGAAAGAUCAACAUGUUUCACAAGAAUUUUUCAAAACUUAAUUAACAUGUGGUUGAGAACAUAAAAUAUGAAUGUGAGCCUCCUGGGAUUCACUGGCAGAGAAGCCUCAAAAUAUAAAUAUAUGUUGGGUAUAACAGCCAUCAACAAUUAUGUUAAAGUCUGGGAGGACAGGAAAUGUUGAUUAUUACAUUAAUUAUAACAUGUUGUUCUAAGACAAUGCUGUGAAAAGACAAAGGAUCAUCCACAAUUAGCACUGGUUUCUCAAACAAAAACAGCAUUACCUGGAAAAACUCAGCAGGUCUGGCAGCAUCGGCGGAGAAGAAAAGAGUUGACGUUUCGAGUCCUCAUGACCCUUCCACAGAACUGGUUUCUCAAUAUUGGUCAAAUCUAGAAACUCACGGGCUCGUCAAGGUUAAAUGGAGGGUCAUGUUUCUUGAACAAGAACAACAUUCUUGUA